AUGGCGUCCACCAUUCCCCGGUUGCCGGUUUUUGAGGCCCUGCAGAAGCAUGACCCCGAGUCCACGGCCGUCAUUCAUUCCGUGUCUGGCCGGAGUUUCAAGUACGGCGAAUUGCUUGGGGACGUCUGCCGGACGAGGAACCGCCUGCUCGAGGCCGCGGGCAAGAGCGAUAUUGGUGGCGAACGCGUCGCUUUCCUCGUCGAGAACAGCUACGACUAUGUAGUGACGUUGCUGGCCAUCCUCGCGGCGCGUUCGAUUGCUGUGCCGCUAUCACCGGCCUUCCCCGCGCCGGAGCUCCAGUACAUCCUUGACCACAGCGAGGCUGCGUUGCUGCUGUCAUCAGCCAAGUUCAGCUCCAAAGCCAAGGAAGUCUUGGCGCUGAAUCUGGCCUCCAAGCCGGUUCAUCUGGAACUGUCCAAGCACCAAGGUGGGGGUAGUCAUGAGCAGGUCACUCUGGAAGGGGACGGGGCGGGUGCAGCUGGCAUGAUGCUGUACACGUCCGGUACUACGAACAGGCCGAAAGGUGUUCUGCUUCCACAAAGAGUCAUGACCGCCCAGGCGCAAUCCCUAUUAGAUGCGUGGGAAUAUUCACCAUCAGAUCAUCUCCUUCAUGUCCUCCCACUGCACCAUAUUCACGGCACAAUCAACGCCAUCUUCGCUCCGCUUUUCGCCGGUAGCACGGUCGAGUUCAUGUUCCCUUUUAACGCAGACGCAGUCUGGCACCGUCUUGCCGCACCGUUCCUGACAGAGUCCAAGCCGCACACCAAUGGGACCAAUGGAGUCAACGGUGUCCAUGGUACGACCGAUGUGAAUGUGAAUGGGAUCAACGGUGUGCACAAGACAGCAAACGGUGACCAUUCGGCGAAGAGAGUCACAGCAAAGAAGAACCCCAUAAGUUUCUUCACGGUCGUCCCUACUGUUUACAGCCGACUGCUAAGCACCCACCGGUUCUUGCCCUUGGAUGUUCAGGAGGCUGGACGAAAGGCCGUUUCGCCAGAGUACAUGCGCCUGAGUAUCAGCGGCUCGGCGGCACUACCCGCACCCAUCAAGAAAGCAUGGGCGAAGCUAUCCCAUGGCAAUGUCCUUCUCGAGCGGUACGGUAUGACCGAGGUUGGCAUGGCUCUGUCUUGCGGUCUUGACUCUGUUGAUCGUGUCGACGGCAGCGUGGGAUGGCCUCUUCCAUCUGUAGAAGCUCGUUUGGUCGACGUGGACACCGGAGAUGUCAUCCUGCCGGGGCAGGAGCUCACGCCUGAUGGCAGGGAGCGCGCUGGAGAGAUCCAACUGCGUGGCCCCACCAUCUUUGCCGAGUACUGGCGCAACCCUGAAGCCACAAAGAAGGAGUUUGUACCCUCCGACGAGGAGGGCGGCCGGCCUUGGUUCAAGACCGGCGACGUCGCCGUGCGCCGCUCUGUCGAGGGCGCCGGGCAGAGCACUCGCGCCAGCCAGGGCUGGACGCACUCGGGCAAGUCGUCACCCGGGAGCUCGGACAUGUAUUUUAUCCUGGGCCGCAAGAGCGCCGACAUCAUCAAGUCGGGCGGCGAAAAGGUCUCGGCCCUCGAGGUCGAGCGCGAGCUGCUCUCGCUCCCCGAGGUCGCCGAGGCGGCCGUCUGCGCCGUGCCCUCGGGCAAGUGGGGCCAGAAGGUCGGCUGCGUGCUCAUCCUCAACAAGGAGAACCUCGAGCCGUCGGGCGGCAAGUGGACGCCCAUGGACAUGCGCCGCGCGCUCAAGGGCCGGCUGGCCAACUACAAGAUCCCCCAGGUCAUGCGGGUGGUCGAGCACAUCCCGCGCAACGCCAUGGGCAAGAUCAACAAGAAGCUGCUCGUGGCCGAGAUAUUCAGGGACGACCACAGCGGGGAUGAGAUGUGA